AUGUUCAUCGAAAAGCAGGUCAUCAAUACGGUCUGUCUGGAGAUAGGAAGCAUCAGCUUCAAGCAGAUAGGAAAGGAAGAGAGGCUACAGGAGAUCAUCAAGGCUCUGGUUUUCAUCGCAAAGAAGCGAUACCUGAACUUUUUACAGAGGAUGGAAGACAUACUCCACCCCAACAUCGAAACAGCACAUGAUGGAAGCACUCCGCAAGCAUCGCAACGCAACUCACCUGAGCCUGGGCUAGGUUCCCAGGACUCUGCAUCGCGAAUCAGAGGACCCACAUCCCCGACACCAUCACUUUUACCUGCAUAUGUCUCUCUCACUUGGGAGUUUGAUGGGCACCAAUUCGAGCAUCUAGAAGAUGCGCUGAGGCAGUCCACGCCCGGAGAAGUCCUGGAUCAUAUCCGUGAAUGGGUCAUAGUCGCAAUGAAGCUCACUGUCCACACGGAAGUCGUGAAGGUUUACAAUGUGCUCGAAAACAAGCUAUACGAGCAUAAAAGGGCCUUCGACUCCAUCAUCCAGAACAACAAGAGCGAGCAUCGAUUAAAGGAGGCAGUCCUCUAG